CUAUCAUGGCAUCAUGUGUGAUGGAGCCAGGAUCUUGAGCGUUGGCGUCGUUGGCAGUUGACAAAUGAAAGGAAACGAAAUGGCUCUCACCAGCACACCGAAACACGUCUCUAUCCUUUCCCCUCAGUCUCACUCUCGGAUACAGAUGGCACGUUAUCCAACCCCUCCCUGUCCAUCCCCCCCUUUUACACUCACUCAUCUCUCUUCCAUCCUAUUUCUUCCACUUCUCACUUCACGCAUAAUUGGCUUUAAUUUUAAGAUCUUGAAUUGUCUCGUAACUAGAUACAAUACAUACAGGUAUGCCCCUAUGGAUACUCCACGGGUACGAACACAUUUGAAACCCCUGAGGCCCGAUCCUUCUCCGCAGUGCUGAUGAUGGCGUGGGCCACUCACCACACUUAGAACACAUUCUAGAUUAUGCGUAGAUAUUCACCAAUGUGAAGAAGAAAAGACAUAGGAGCUGGGGAACCAUGGCUAAAAGCAGAAUCGCAUCAAGAAAACACCCAGAGAAGAUGGUUACCGUCCAGUGUCAUAGCACGGCCAGUAACAG